CGGGGAAUGGUACCGCAGGCUCAGUCCUCCUCCACAUUUGCACGGGAUUCCAGCCCGGUUGUUGCGGUGCCCGAGCCAGCCGACAGAUAGCAUCAGCGGUAGGAGGGGAUACAGGGACUCCUGCAGGCUAAUUGUAGCAGCCAGCGUUCGCAGGUGUAACACUGAUCCUUGUGUGCGAGGAGCCGGGGCUUUUUUUUAUCAGCUAACCGAUUUGAGACUUGAGAGUGAAAAAAAUAGAAAACUAGGAAAAUGUUGCACCAAGUACAAUGAGAGCAGAUUUGUCGCAGACAUACAAGUCUACAUAUGACUCCUACCAACACAUUUGAUGAGCAAUUCUGAAACGUCUUUGGAUUCUUAAAAAAAGUGGAUCCCACUACUUCACAAUCAUGAGAAAUAUUUGGUUGUCACCCAGGAGUGCGAUUUUGGAAUACUGGACAACGUUCAUUGUGUGUCUUUUUUGGAUUCAGUGUUCAUUCGGGAUGCCUCAUGUCAUACGAAUAGGGGGGAUUUUCGAGCAAACGGAGGGUUCCCCCAGUGCCCCAGUGAGUUCAGAGGAGCUGGCCUUUAAGUUCGCCGUCAAUAACAUCAAUAGGAACAGGACGUUACUUCCAAACACAACGUUAACAUAUGACAUCCAGAGGAUAAACAUCUACGACAGUUUCGAGGCGUCCAGAAAAGCCUGUGACCAGCUCUCUCUCGGUGUGGUGGCCAUCUUUGGCCCAUCACACAGCUCAUCCUCCAACGCGGUGCAGUCCAUCUGCAAUGCUCUGGAGGUGCCGCACAUCCAGGUGCGAUGGAAGCACCACCCCAUGGACAACCGGGACAGCUUCUACGCCAACCUGUACCCGGACUACUCCUCGCUCAGCUACGCCAUCCUGGACCUGGUGCAGUUCCUCAAGUGGAAGACGGCCACCGUGGUGUACGACGACAGCACAGGCCUCAUUAGACUACAGGAGCUGAUAAUGGCCCCGUCCAGGUACAACAUCCGGCUGAAGAUCCGCCAGCUACCAAUGGACUCCACCGACACGCGGCCGCUGCUGAAGGAAAUGAAGAGAGGCCGCGAGUUCCGCAUCAUUUUCGACUGCAGCUAUGCCAUGGCCGCCCAGAUCUUAAAGCAGGCUCAGAUGAUGGGAAUGAUGACAGAGUACUACCACUACAUCUUCACCACUCUGGAUCUCAUGGCCAUUGACUUGGAGCCUUACCGCUUCUGCGGGGUGAACAUGACGGGCUUCCGCAUCCUGAACGUGGACAACCCCCAGGUGACCUCCAUCGUGGAGAAGUGGUCUCAGGAGAAGCAGAUCCCCCCCAAGCCAGACUCGGGCCUUCUGGAGGGCGUCAUGACGACAGACGCUGCUCUGACGUACGACGCGGUCCACAUCGUGUCGGUGUCGUACCAGCAUUCGCCGCAGAUGACCGUCAACUCGCUACAAUGCCACCGCCACAAGCCCUGGAGGUUUGGUGGCCGCUUCAUGGACUUCAUCAAGGAGUCACACUGGGAUGGCCUAACUGGGCGAUUGAGCUUUAACAAAAGCAGCGGCCUGCGCACUGACUUUGACCUGGACAUCGUCAGCCUGAAGGAGGAGGGACUAGAGAAGGUGGGCAAAUGGAGUGCAUCAGGGGGGCUUAACAUCACAGAGGUCCCCAGGCGGAAUGGGAUGAACAUCACAGACUCGCUCUCCAACCGCUCGCUGGUCAUCACCACCAUCCUGGAGGAGCCAUACGUCAUGCUUAAGAAGUCUGACAGGGCGCUCGUUGGCAACGACCGGUUCGAGGGCUUCUGCAUCGACCUGCUCAAGGAGCUGGCUAGCAUCCUGGGCUUCACCUACGAGAUCCGCCUGGUGCCGGACGGGAAGUACGGCUCGCAGGACGACAAGAGCCAGUGGAACGGCCUGAUCCGAGAACUAAUGGAGCACAAAGCUGACCUGGCCGUGGCCCCUCUCACCAUCACCUACCUGCGAGAAAAAGUCGUCGAUUUCUCCAAGCCUUUCCUCAAUAUGGGCAUCAGCAUCCUUUACCGCAAGCCCAACAACACCAACAACGGCUUCUUCUCCUUCCUCAACCCCAUGACCCCCGACAUCUGGGUCUAUAUCUUGCUGGCGUACCUGGGAGUGAGCUGUGUCUUAUUCGUCAUCGCAAGGUUCAGCCCGUAUGAAUGGUACGAUGCCCACCCCUGCAAUCCUGGUUCUGAUGUGGUGGAGAACAACUUCACCUUACUCAACAGCUUCUGGUUCGGUGUGGGCUCCCUCAUGCAGCAAGGCUCAGAGCUGAUGCCCAAGGCCCUUUCCACCAGGAUCAUUGGUGGCAUCUGGUGGUUCUUCACCCUCAUCAUCAUCUCCUCCUACACGGCCAACCUGGCCGCCUUCCUCACCGUGGAGAGGAUGGACUCGCCCGUGGACUCGGCCGACGACCUGGCCAAGCAAACCAAGAUCGAGUACGGCGUUGUGCGGGAUGGAGCCACCAUGACUUUCUUUAAGAGAUCCCGGGUGUCAACCUUCGAGAAGAUGUGGGCGUUUAUGAGCAGCAGGCAGAGCACCUCGCUGGUCAAGUCUAUUGAGGACGGCAUCCAGCGGGUCCUGAAGUCCGACUACGCCCUUCUCAUGGAGUCCACCACCAUAGACUACGUCACACGCAGGAACUGCAACCUCACCAACGUGGGAGGCAUCAUUGACAGCAAAGGUUAUGGCAUUGGCACACCCAAGGGCUCACCGUACCGGGACAAAGUGAGCAUCGCCAUCCUGAGCAUCAUGGAGGAUGGGCGUCUGCACGUGAUGAAAGAGAAGUGGUGGAACGGAGACAAUUGUCAGGAGGAGCCCCGCUACGAGGCCGGGCCCAUGAGCAUCCAGAACCUGGGCGGCAUCUUCAUCGUGUUGGCCUCGGGCCUGGUGCUGUCCGUCUUUGUGGCCAUUGGCGAGUUCAUCUACAAGCUCAGGAAGACUUCAGAAAGGGAGCAGGUCUUUCUGCAAUGCGGCGGUGGACGAGAUCAGACUGUCGUUCACUUGCGAGACACGCAGGCACAAGCCUCACCAGCCCCUGGCCUCCUUGCACCCGCUGUCUCCCCCGCCAUCGUCGCUACCGCCACUCACGGUGAAGACGGACGCGGUGAUCAACAUGCACACCUACAACGACCGUCGCCUGCCGGGAAAGGACAGCCUGAGCUGCCACGUCGGGAUGACGCCCGUGUUUCCAUGACCUGCCUGGGCGACGGCCACCUGCGGCACGUGCCGGGAGCGGCCGCCGGCGACUGCAGGGACUACGGCCCACUGCCGGAGGGCUUCGCCACCUACACACUUAGCCGCAGAGACCUACGCAACCCGACGACGACAAUGACGACGACGAUGCACGCCAACCAGAACGGCGGCAGCGGCAGCGCGGCCACCGUCAACAAUGCCGGCAACACCGACCACAUCCUAAAGUCACUCUACCCCACCCGAGAGAGAGAGGGAGGACGCUCCGUGUCCUUCCUGUGACAGCGGAAUGUUUGAGGGAAACGGCUACAUUAACUUUAAACGAAAACAAAUCGGACCACAAAAAACAAACAAAUACCAACAUAAAAACAAUCUACAACCAAUGUCCAAUGUUUACUUGUGAGACACACUCUGGUGACCAACACAACCAUCAAGUAAUCACUGAAUUAAAAGGAGCCCUAAUGUCAAACUAGUAUAAAAGAAUAUUUUAAAAAGGGACACAGAGACAUUUCAUUCAAUUUGUGGAAUACAGACAGACAAGUGGCUUCUGUAAGCAUGGCAAUAAAUGAACUAGAGACUGACAGAAGGGGGUUAACGUUUUGUUGGGAGAUUGAAGAUGCCAAACACAGCACAUCCGAUACUUUCCAAUCCGUGCGUUGGGUGUUUUUCACUUUUGUUUAAAAAAAUACAAGCAAACACUCACUGCAAUCCUGUGAAGGUGGUGAAGCCCUAUGUGGUCCUGUGACAUGGACAGACAGAACUUCCAACUCUGUGCAAGAGGCUGAGGUCUGAGAGCUCAGCUGUGACAGACAGACAGACAGACAGACAGACGGGCAUAGAUAGGCCACCUGGGAAGUCAAGUCUCCUAAGCGAUGUUUGCUACUGCCCCCCCCCCCGGAUCAACUAUACGGCCCAGAGAACUCGGCCCAGGAUGUCCUCCAGAUGAGAAAAAGGAAUGCACAAGAUAAACAGGGUUGACAUUUCACAAGCCAACACAAUAAAGCAAGUUAGGGGAUUUUUAGAGACUUAUUUCAUACCCAGAAAUGAGAUGUGAGUUGUGUGUGUUUUGCUCCCCCUUGUACUUUAGUCAGGGUCGAAAGUAAUUCUGAUUUAUUUUGUGCUUUGCUACAUGGUGUGCAGGUAGGCAUUUACACACGCAUACGCUGAACAAAAACAGAGGACAUGAUGAACACGAGCAAGAGAGCGACUCACUGAUUGCCAAAGAUCUGUCUGCGACAUGAUGUCAGACUCAGUCUGAAUUGAAGCAUUGUGAAAGUGCACUGGACAGACAUACCACAAGUCUCUCCAUAGUGUCUGCUUAUUACAUAAUGAACAAACUCACAAACCACAGCCAUAAACAUUAGGAAACAAAAGGUGUCUCUCACUUUAGGUUUUUGUUUUUAAUAAGCAGCUUGACCCCUCACGAGCUGUACCUAAAAGGUCAAAUCAGUCUUGCAUAUGCAUCAGAAAAGUGUAAUGUUUUUCUCAUCUUUUCGUUCCACUGUUAGACAUGUGGCUAUCACUGAUGAGAUGACAGGCUAUCACUACUUUUGAAAAAAAAGAGAAAAAAAAAAAUACGAUCCUCCUGCUUUUUCUUUAGACGUUCGACUGUCACUACAUCUAUAACCACAUACAUUUAAAUCCAACAUCAAUCUCCUAAUUAUCUGAGCGAUGUGUCCCUAUUGGAGCAAACCUGAAAGAAUACAGUGUGAACCAUGUUUACCCAGUCUGCCUUGGGAUCGAUAAAACACCCACAGUCACCAAUAACACUACCCCACUAAGUCCAUGCCACUAAAUCAGUUGAGUGGGCUUGGCAGUCCCAGCUCCUGUGUGCCCUGUGCUGGUACCCCUCUUCACCCUCAGAAGGGCAUCAGAGUUUGGGAGUCCGGCAGCCUUGAGAGGACGAGGGCCAUUUUCAUCAGAGGACAUAUUUUCAUCAACUUUAUGUUCUGAGCACUCUCUCUUUCUCUCUCCCUCCCUCCCUCUCCCUCUCUCUCUCUCUGCCCCACUCUCUUUCUCUCUCCUUCUGUGUGUGUGUGUGUGUGAGAGUGUGUGUCUUUGCCUGGGCUUGUGCCUGUGUCACACGGCCAAAGCACCGGUAUAUGUCCUUGGCGUUUGCACACCAUUUAGCUUAUUCAUUUCACAGUGCUGAUCUGAAAGGUCCGUGGCAGAUUGGGCUGGCCGGCAGAUGCUGCCCCUAGAGUGCUGCAUGGUGCCUGGGGAGGCCCUUCAAUCUAUCAGAGUGGUGGCUGGGAAGACACAGGGCACAGCUGCCAGUGUCAGGUCCAACCCUCCAAGGCCAGGUCCAACCCUGCAAGGCCAGGUCUGAGUGGCUGCUUUCUGUCUGUCUGUCAGCUAUCCAUUUCCCGUUUCUUUCUGCUUUCACCUUAGGCUGUUGCCCAUUCUGAAUUGUCAAGUACAAAGCAUCAAGGAUCCAUAAUCAUGAACGGUGCAUUUCAGUGAGGCGAAGAGAAAGGUCAAAGGGGAACGCGUGGCAAUAGCAGCUGAGGGUAGAGUCAUUCAGCACCAGAACCCAGCCAGAACCCAGCCAGUUCUGGGCCGUGUCCGGAGUCAGAGAUGCUACCUGUGGAGAGGGGAACAGUGCUGACAGACCGAUAGCCACAUGGUAUGUGUACCCUUCAGCAUUGAUGUGUGUGUGUGUGUGUGUGUGUGUGUGUGUUCGUGUGUGUGUGUGAGGAGCAACACGGAUGACGCGUGUGAGAGAAUCACACAAGCUGUUGGUCCAGGCAGCUCUUAAGAACAACAAGCCUCUAUGAGGUCCACACAGUCAAAAGGAAGCGAAUCAAGCAUUGGGUUUUGAUUUCAACAACCCCAUUUUGCCCCCAUUUUACCUUCUGUCACGUAGACAAAUAAAUAACAGAUAUGUCUUGAAUUAAUUUGAGUCAGUGUUUUUUCAAUGGCAUUUCAAGUGUUAUUCAAAUCCUGUGUAAUUUUAAAUCCCUCUUGCAAAGUAGAGUAUAUAUUAGAUGGCAGAAAAAAAGAACUGUAUUUUGGUAAAUUCAACUUUAUAGAGGUAUAUAAUUAACAUUAUAUAUUUUCUUUUUUCGAGUUUAACAUCUCCCUUCCCUUACCCACCUCCAGUCUUUCAUGGUAAUUUUAAGAGAAAAAAUAUAUGUAUAAAUGGGUGUUAAAUACAAUCUCCAGACCAUGACAUACUGUACUGUAACAUGAACUGAAAAUAGGCAAAUGGCAAUGUUGCAUUCUCUAAGGCCUUACCCCAAUCCAGAAGUGAUGGCUUGUAAUCACACUACACAACCUGCUCAUGCAUUGUAAGAUAUAUCGAACUCUAAUGUAGAGAUGGAUUCCCAGAGUAGUAGGUUCCGGUAGAUGAAAAGUGCUUUACAGAAUGAUUCUGAUGAGUCUGUGGAUUUUUAUUUUUUUUUUUUUUUUUUUUUCAGAAUCAACCUAGUGCGUUCAUGCAGUGGGUAAUCGGAUGUUGGAUGAUCUCCUUAUUUAAAAUACAUGUUUGGAGGGGAAAAAAGAAAGUUUUUUUUUUUGGCUUCCCUUCAGAGAACCUUCUGUGAAGUUCUGUGAAACCCCUUACAGAUUCUUCAACCCUUUUAAGUUGCUAGCAGUCACGUAAAGCAACUUUUGGGUUUGAAGUAUGCAAGGCAUUGCAGCAGAAAAGGUUCAUGUGAAGUUAAGCCAAAUAACCAUUAUGGGUACCACGUUGGCCCUUUUACUGUAGUUCAUGAUUAUAUACUUGUCAAGCUCUGGAUUAAUUAUGCUUGCAGUCCUCCCCCAAAUGAACAAAUCUGUUACAUUGUGAGUAGAAUUGCUGAGUUGUUAUCAAAUGUCAUUUUGGGUCUAUUGUAUAUUAAAUGACAGGAAAAAAAAUAUAUAGAAAAUUUAGUUUGGGUAAUAAAAUCAGUCCUAUUUACAAAGCAUAAACAUCUUUUUAUAGCAAUGUGUAUACUGUUUUACAAAAUUGUGUGAAAGAAAUGACAAUUAACCUUUUUUUGCAAAUCCCUUUUCCCAUUUGGUGGUGGUUAUAAAACAAUUGAUAGUAGGAUUCAUCAUUUCAUUUGUUUGGCUACUUGGUUAUAAUUUCACAAGAAUUCAACAACACAGUUCAUACAUUUGGUACUGACCAGAGUUUUCUUUGUGGACAUGCUGAAUUUCUAUGAAUAUAGUUUUUGUAAUGUUUUGUAUGAGCAUUUUGUUUUCCUAGUAGCUGUAUGUGUUCAAAGGUGACCACUAUUAGUAAAAAUACUAUCAAAGUUUAAGUCAAAAAGGCAAUGGACGGAUGACUUGUUUUCUUUUCAACACACUGUGAAUAAUUCAAUUGUACAGAUUACUGUAUGGGUUAUAUGAUUUUAAAAUUUUAAAUAAAAAAAAUGUACAGGA